UGUAACAACGCGAGAGUGUUUCACUGGUGUAGUGUACUCAGCGUAUCACACGAUCAUAUGGUUCUCGGGUGGCAUAUUUUCUUUUACAACUUAGAUUAUUUAUAACACUGAAAUUGACUUAUUGAAACCGAAAAUAAUUAUGUUUUCCGUCUCAAUGCGGUGUCAUCUUGGUUGAUAAAACGAAAAUAGUGAGUGAGUUUUUGCUAUUUGCUUGUUUGCACAGCACAACGUAGAAAUAAAAAUGAGUGACUAAUCGUGGCAUUAUUAGAACGUAUGGCUACAUUAUUUCUAGAGACUGUUUUCUGUCGCUGAAAAAUUGGCAUUGAAUUUUUAUUUUAUUUUUCCAUUCAAUCGCAUUUGUAUACACACAGUGUAUGAGAGAUCGCUUGCGAUCGUUUUCAGUGUGCUCAUGUGUAUGCGCAUCAGAGAUUAAACCGAGAGUUCAGUAAAUAUAUACUGACAUUUGUUUUAUACACCCAUGUUCAAUGUGUCAGAUUAAAAAGAAAAUUGGGAAAGUACGAGUUAAAUAUGGAGACGGAAUUUUCGACCAAAAGUGAAAAAUUUGACGAUCUACUGUUGGACAAUUUCAUAUCGGACGAUUUGCAAUAUUGUAUUGAAGCGUUUGACGGGAAUACGGAACAGGUGCCGAACGUAUUGGGUCAAAUCUCAUCGACUGUGUUCAGUUCGUUUCCAUUGGAAAAUUUUGCACAGAAACGCGAUACGACAUUUUUAGACUGUAUUGACUUGGAUGAAGAUGCGAGUUACAUCGAUGAAUUGUCCUCGUCUGUUCGGCCAUGUGACUCCCGUUACAAUGACUGUGAUCUAUCAUCAACAUCAACAAACGUAACGACAGAGAGUUCUGAUUCAAAUCAAACAAUGGGUCGAUAUCGCUGUAACUAUGAUCAUUGUACGCGGAGCUACAGCACGGUUGGUAAUCUAAAAACUCAUUUGAAGAGACAUCGAGGGGAGUAUAGAUUUAAGUGUGCGGAAGAAAGUUGCAACAAAGCUUUUCUGACGUCAUACAGUUUAAAAAUUCACACCAGAGUUCACACCAAAAUAAAGCCCUACCAAUGCACAGUUGAAGUGUGUAACAAAGCUUUCAAUACACGGUACCGGCUUCGCGCACAUUUACGACUGCACAAUGGAGAGACAUUCAACUGUAACAUCUGUGAGAAAUUUUUUACCACCUUAAGUGACCUGAAAAAACACUCUCGUACCCACACUCAGGAACGGCCAUAUAAAUGCCUCGAGGAAGGAUGUGGUAAGGCGUUCAAUUCGUCGCACCAUCUGAAAACGCAUUAUCGAACACACACAGGUGAAAAGCCGUUCCGGUGCACGGAAGUAGUAGACCGAGUCGAUUCAGAUAAACAGACGAACACUUGCUCGAAAUCAUUCAGUACAUCACACAGUCUAAAAUCGCACGCCAAAACGCAUACGAAAAAAUUGUUACCCGUUCAAGACAAUAGCGGAACAAAUACCACCACCAAUUCAGUCACACCAACAAAUACACCGACCAAACGGCGCCGCAAAAUCCAAAACGAAGCGCUACAAUUACAGAAUUUACAAAAUCUGAGCAACUCCAUCGACGUCAAUUAUUCGUUUGAAAGUGUUUUCGUUAAAGAGCAACAGGUGCCGCAACUGAGCUUCACCGCUCACACGUCCGACACAACUAUCAGCGAUUUGUCGUCAUCUAUGACAACCGAUUCGAGUCAUGAAUUUGUGGACUAUACCGAGCUGUUGAGUUCGUCCAGGGCAUCCGAUGAAGCAGAGAUGGAUUUCUCGGCGAUAGCAGCCUUUGACGAUUACGGCUCUCAAAUGCAAGACGUGAAUACACCACAAGUGAAGGAGCACAAUCCAUUCGACGGUCGACAGCAGCAAACAUCGCAGGCCGUUCAAAUGGCAUUGGCAUCCGAAAUCGAGAUACCCUCACCAUGGAUCGAUGUAGCCGUCCUGGCCUCGAAACCGGUCAUGCCUACCGAUCCUGUAACAUCGGCUUGUUUAGCGCUUCCCACCGCACUACCUACUUACGUUGAUCUUGGGUUCAAUGUGAACACUGCCGCUACCAACUAUUACCACCAAAACGAUUCGCGUGUUAGCGAGAGAUCGGAACUGGAUGUCGGCGACAAUUUUGAAAAUUUGAAUUUGGACGAUUUUUCGCUGUCGGGAAUCAGUCGUGUCGACAGUAACAAGGAAACGGAAAUCAAUGAAUCGGAGAGUCUGGUCGAUCGAUUGUUGGAAGAUGCCACUCAAAUGGACAUGAGCAGCGAAAAUCAAACUAUGGCCCAGCAACUGGAAGCCGAUUCCAUUCUGAACGACAUUUUAAUGUCCAUUGACAAUUUACAGAAUGUUAUCCAAGCACCUCCCGCUGAAUCUGAUGCACCAAUCGAUCCAACUGAAAAACCGACGAAGAGCAGCGGACCAACACUGCAGGAAAUAACAGCCGAUGCGGACAUUUGUUCGUGUAUCAAUUGCACAUGUGAUCAGAAAGCUGGUUGCUCCGGUGGAUGCGGACCCAGCAAGCCCUGCAAAUCAGAUAACACCAUUGCCGUGGCAUUGCCGAAAGAGCCGGGAAAAAAGGAAUCGGGCUGUUGUGGUGGUAAGAAAGCGGAUACUUCGAAAAAGACUCCGAAUUUGAAUGAGAAAGAAGCGUCAAAUUUGAUUACAUCGAUGGCCAUGUCACCGUGUUGCUCAACGAACGUGCAAGGCGGCAAGGAGUGUUCAUGCAAGAGUCCAUUGGAAGGCAUUAAGAACGGUUGUUGUGUGGUUAUUUGCUUAAAAACACUAGAACAUUUACGAAGUGUGCUCAACAGUCGCACUGUGAAUUUGAUCAAAUGCUCGGGGGCAGGAGGUGGUGUACUUUAAUGAUAGAAAUACUAAUACUUUAUAUAUGUGUGAGUGAAUGAACUACGACGAAAAAAAUUUAUCUAAAGUGAAAAUGAAAAUGAAAAUUCUGAUGCCAAUGAAUUUAAACAGGUGACAGGCACCUUAAACAAUCAGAACUGUCUGUGGUGUGGUUCAGUGUAGGCUUCGCUUUUCACAAUGCUUUUCUCACAUGCGAAGAUGAUUUCAUCACACAACAAUGUAAUGCGCGACAUUAGAGGAAUUGUCGAACAUUAUUGUCCACCUCCAUGGACACAAGUGACGAACGUUAACAAAAUUUAAAAAAAAAAACACUUUGAGAUGAACUCAGAGUGCCAAAAACACCUUUUCGCAUUUUCUAUAUUUUCGCAUUGAUCUGCCGAAUGCGAAGACCCAGGUUAUGAAAACUGGGGAAACUGGCAAGUGCUUUCUAUGUUUGUUUUUUCUAAUCGCAAUACUUAAAUCGGUAACAAUUUUGAGAAAUAGUUGUAAAGUCGAGUUUUCGUGUGAAGUGUUUGUUGAUCGGAGGAGAAUCCAUGAAAAUGUGCCUUGUUGUCCCGAUUUAUGGACGUCCAAAAAAGGCCAAUUAUGUUCUGUUACAUUGUUUAGAACGAAGGUUCUUGCUAAUAUCGUUUUUAAACUCAGACUUUCUCAGAACGAAACGAAAACAUUCGACCGAAAGCGGAUUUACGAUAAUUGUAUUCUAUCCUCCACUCUACCGCGAGCUUCGCUAUUUCUCAAAAGAUGUCGCUGCAAUAAGUGAUAGCAACGACAUCUUUCGAGAACUAGCGGAGUUUGCGUUAGAUUAGAGGGUAGAAAUACCGUUCCUGAUAAGAGACAUUUUACAGCUUACUGUCAUUUUUGAAAAGUGUGAACUCUCGUUAAUUUUUCUCGUUAAUUUGUUUUUCCACAACAUUUUAUUUAAAUGCAUUGGCCGAGACAAUCUUCAAAUGUAAUAUAUUAACGUAGAUAUGUAGAUACUAACCAUAAAGCCUCUUAGUAGACAUUAAGCUUUCGAAAAUGACGCUCUAAACGCGAACUAUAAUUUGAUUACUAAAAACAAAUUGAGGUCGAUAUGUAAAUUGUAAAUUGUAAUACGUUUCUAGUCAAUAUGCUAAAACUUCUGGAAGAGUAAAAUCGUUUUAUUUGCUAA